UAGUCCACCCUGUGUCAGACACCGCAUCCUUAUCCAUAUUAGUAUAUUAUUUGGAUCUUUGUACCUAAAAAGAAAAACUCAGAUCACUCAGAAAACCAACCAGUCCAGUACUACUACUCUUUUUGUCCAAGAUCCAAGUAACAGUGGUUAAGAUUGAUAGACAGAUAUAGUGAAGUGACUGUAGCUGAAAAGAAGAGAGAUCCAAUUGAGGAAGUUGUAGGAAAUGGCAUUAGUCUCAGGAGGAAGGUCUUCGUUGAAUCCAAAUGCACCUCUCUUUGUUCCAGCUGCAUUGAAACAAGUGGAAGAUUUCUCCCCUCAAUGGUGGGAGUUGGUGAAAACUUCACCAUGGUUUCGAGACUAUUGGCUUAGCCAGAACCAGGAAGAGGAUUUUGAUGGUGGUGCCAAUGCCUAUGAUGAUGAUGAUGAUGCUUUUGACAUCGAUGAUAUGGCACAAGAUGCAUUCGAUCUUGGUUUUGAUGUAGGGUUCGACAUAGAGAAGACCGACAAUUCGAACGAAGCUAGAGGAGAAGCGGAACUAAAGUCCUCUGCUAACAAAAAUGGAAGCAGGCGUAGUGAUGGUCAAAAGGAUCUCAAAGCAAUCUUGUUAAAAUCAAUGAAAGAAAGUGAGGUUAAGUGGGAACCAAUGCCUAUAAACCACCGCGAGAAACCAAUUCAGAAGACGAGCCCAAAAUUCGCUCACUGGCGCAUCCAGCAACCCCGUUGAAGGCAAGGAAUUCUUCGGAACAGAGAACUUAAAAUAAUACAAUGCUGCGUUCUCCAAAGAUUGAGAUUUACUCAACUUGAGUCGGGAUUUGUACAUAACAAGGUGGCAACUACUUCAUGUUGUUAUAUUAUCAGUGUGUGUUUUUCUGCUUAGAGUCAAAGUUAAUUGCUUAAAUGAAUGGUCCUUAUGUGGAAGAGUCUGUAACUGUUUCAUUUCUCAGCUCUUUUACCAUGGGAUAAAGUGUUUGCAGGGUGGUCUUGAUCUUUGCUCACUUGAAAUAACUAUUGUAGUUGAACUUUGCCUAGUUGAAAUAGAAAAUGGAUGACAUCUUUUGAUGUAA